AUGUACAAAACGUAUGCUACUGCUGAGGGUCUUCCUCCGGCACUCGCACAGAAUAAGCUUGUCAACCUUAUUGCCGAGCAGAAUAUAUCUAUUGUUCCGGAAUUCACUUUGGAAUCAGGUGUCAAACUUCAUAACGUCCCAGUAGCUUGGAAAUCAUUCGGCAAACUCAAUGAGCGAGGCAACAACUGCAUGGUUAUUUGUCACGCUUUAACAGGCAGUACCGAUGUUGAAGACUGGUGGGGUGCCCUGAUGGGACCACGACGAGCCUUUGAUCCGACCAAAUUCUUCAUCGUCUGCUGCAAUGUACUUGGUUCGCCGUACGGAUCGGCCUCACCAUUGACGAUCAAUCCAGAGACAGGCGAGCGCUAUGGUCCUGAAUUCCCGCUCGUGAGUGUGCGAGACGACGUCAAGUUGCACCGUUUAAUAUUGGAUCAGCUCGGCGUGAAACAGAUUGCGAUAUGUGUGGGAGGAUCUAUGGGUGGAAUGCAAGUGUUGGAAUGGUCGCUUAUGGGCAAGGAUUACGUAAAAACAAUUGUGCCAAUUGCUACUUCUGGACGGCAUUCAGCGUGGGGUAUCAGCUGGGGUGAAGCACAGCGCCAAUCGAUCUAUAGUGAUCCGAGCUAUGACGACGGCUACUAUCCCGAUGACAAGCCUCCGAACGUUGGUUUAUCUGCUGCUCGCAUGUCGGCCUUGCUUACUUACAGAUCACGCAACUCGUUCGAGUCUCGAUUUGGCCGCAAAGCUGCCGAUACGAACCGCAUGGCUCCUCCCAAGCGCCCCAACUCACCUCGCGAGGCUAAUUUGUUUAUCCACAACGACGGACAUAAGAAUGCCGGCACAUCAACGUCAUCUCCUCGCUCGUCUAUCGACAGCAACGCUGAGCGCGCACAACACACCACCAUCAACGAUCCACCCAUGCCCACCGCACGCGUCUUUUCAGCACAGUCUUAUCUGCGCUACCAAGGUGAAAAGUUCAUUGGCCGUUUCGAUGCCAACUGUUAUAUUGCUCUGACAAGAAAGAUGGACUCGCACGAUGUGUCGCGAGACCGUGGCGACUACGAACAGAUCCUGCAAUCGAUUGAACAGCCCGCGCUCGUCAUUGGUAUUGAGUCCGACGGCCUUUUCACCAUCUCGGAACAGUACGAGCUUGCCGAGACGAUACCGAAUGCGGAAAUGGUCACCAUCCAGUCCCCGGAUGGCCACGAUGGGUUCUUGCUCGAGUUUGACCAGCUCAAUCGACAUCUGCUGGCAUUCAUCCAACGCGUUGCGCCGGAUAUCUAUGAAACAUCCAUGGUCAGUGAAGAAGAGGCAGAACGACAGGAAAUUCUAAAGGCAACCAAGGCAAGCUUGUUCGGCGAAGCGGAAGACAUUACCCAAUGGUAG